UCUUCGAUUUUUUCAUCGUUUUCUGGGUUCAAUCUGUUUCCUUCUUUUACAAACCAGAUCAAAUUUGCAAUGAUCCUUAAUGUUUAUUAUUUCCUUUUACAAUUUCCGUUUCGUUUCUUGGUCAAUCAAACUCUAUUUUUCUGCUUCUUGGGUCAAUUUCAAUUUUCUGACUUGCUGUUUGGUUGCUCUGGAAACAGAAGAAACGUUCAGAAAUAUUGGAUAGUUGGCUCUGGAAAUCGGUUCACAUACCAGCAAACAUGCGAUUCAGGAAAGGCAGUAAAGUGGAAGUGCUAAGCAAAAAGGAGGUGCCUUCAGGUUCCUGGCGUUCUGCUGAGAUUAUGUCUGGAAGUGGUCACUAUUAUACCGUCAGAUAUGACAAAUUUGAGGGUGGCAGUAAUCAAACUGUUGUGGAGAGGGUAUCGCGGAAGGCAAUUAGGCCUUGUCCACCUUCUCAGGAAGUUUUAGAGAAUUGGAUUCCUGGCGAUGUUGUGGAGGUAUUUAAUGACCGUUCUUGGAAAAUGGCUACGGUUUCAGAGGUUUUGGGGAAGAACAACUAUGUGGUCAGGUUACUUGGAUCUUCUUGUGAGUUUAAGGUCAGCAAGUUUGACAUUCGAGCACGAAGAUCUUGUCAAGAUGACAAAUGGGUUUUGAUGCACAAGAGGUCUGGCAAUCAUGGUGAUGACAGCAAAGAGGAUGAGAAGGCAAGCACCAGAUUUUAUGGUCUGAGCUCCCAAGUUCAGAAAUGCCAAAAUGUUCCUAAUUUAGUAACCUGGAAAAGGGGACCAAACUAUGAGUAUUCUCAAGCUGAAACAAUGGGUAGAGAUGGCUUGAAAUGUAGAAUGUCGAAGAAAAAGCGAAGGUAUCAUAGUGUGGUUGCUGGCAAUCCAUCCAUGUUGCACGAGCAUGUAAAAUCACUUGUUAUCCAAAGAGGUAUGCUGGGGGGAACAUCUGGAGGUGCCUUUUUGGAUAGAACCAAAAUUUGUGAAAUGAAUGGGGACAGGAAGAAACAAAUGGGUGUGGCUUACCAUUCUUUUGAAGAGAACUUUAAACUAAAUAAUGCUGAUAGAGCUACAUGCUCAGUUGGUAGUUGCAGUAUGACUGACAGUGACGACCGUGGGUUACCUUGUCAUGUUACUAUUGGCCGCAAUGAAGAUACCGAUGGUUCUACAAGUGAUGCUGAAUCAUUUUGUCAUUUGGGAUAUGGAACAGGCAAUUUUCUUCUAUCCAGAGACAAGCCAUUGGAAGCUGAAGUCCAUAGGUUAGAGUUACAUGCCUAUCGAUGCACUAUGGAGGCAUUAUAUGCUUCAGGUCCUUUAAGUUGGGAAAAAGAAUUAUUGCUUACUGAUCUACGCCUGUCCCUCCAUAUAUCAAACGACGAGCAUUUGAUGGAAAUAAAAAAUUUAGUUUCCACAAGCAUUUCAAGUAGAUGACAAAAUCUAUCCUGCGGUAGCUUUAUCAUCAUUGUACCACUUGGAACUCUGAGAAAUUUCACUUGUGAACAUUGAUGAUGCAUUUGUUCCAGUGUUGAAGUUGGGGGCUCUUGCGUGCCACACUUCUACAUGUGUAAAUAAGAUUCUCCAUUCUCUUUGCAUAUACAAUAUGAAAUAUUUGUCUAAAUUUCUUGUGAAGAUGCAUUGAUUUCAGUUUAUAUGGGUUAUAGCAUCAAUUCAAUUAAGGACAUGCUUGAGCCUGACAUCCUUCUGCCUGUGGAGGAUUAGACUCUUCUUCAUGUCUGGGGCUGUUCAAGCUCAUUUCUCAGUGGUUGAAACUUGAAAGGUCGUACUUGGAACCUUUACAUCAUUUUGUUACAUAUGUCAAUUUUUCCCAUGAAUCCAGACAAUGAUGUAACUUUCAAUUGUUUCAUAUAUUAUACUUUUAAUCCAUUGAAGCUUGCUGCAUGUUUCUAUCUCAAGGAGAUCCUCAUGAUAAAAUCUAAGGGGGAGAGAGAGAGAGAGAGAGAGAGAAAGAAACAUCCUAGUAGCAUUUUUGAAAGGUCUUAAUGUUUUAUUUACAUAUUGUAUUGUAGGAGAUCUGUUACUUUGAUGUAAAAGAACUGAACGUUUUGACCAAUAGAAAAAGGGCAUAGUUGUUACCCUCAGGAAAUUUGUCGAACCUCUAGAGUAUUAACAUUUUUGUUAGUUUAGUGGUCCUGGGAAGUGGGAACUUCAAUUUCCCUAUAGCUGUUUCAUUUUGGAAUUGCCUAUUUGGAAGAUUUUUUUCAGCAGAAAAACACAAUGUUCUGUACAUCUUUUGUAGGUAUUAAAACUCUUUUAUCUUCUAGGUUUCUAGGAUCUGCAGAUAACGUUGUUUCACUGACCCUCUCUUGACAUUGCCAACUGUCAAUAGUUUACAUAAGGGCCUCAUGUACAGUAUUAAGCAAGGCAUUAUGAUUGUGCCUGAUAAGGUAAACUUGUGAAAUGCUGUCUUUUAUCUUUUUACUACUCAGGUGGUUGUGGUUACUUAAUGAACUCUGCAAUUUUCAGUGGAUUAUACCUCUUCUUGAUGUAGCAUCAGUUUAUAUGUACACAUAAUGAUUCAGGCAUACAUCUUCUAGAAACAUCUGCUAAAGGAGAAAGAAACUGACAAUGUUUAUGUAUAUUUUAUGAUGACAUCCUCAGGUUUUUUUGAGACAAAUAUCUCCACAUCUAUGUUCACUGUUAUAUGUACACCACUAGUUAUGGAGCUAUCAAUUUGAAAUUUCAAUUACGAUUAUUGGAUCUGUUUCUCUUCGAUGAACACGUUGACUAAAAUGUCAGCAACUCGGGAGAGUGAGUUUUCCACCAUAGUAAAAUUGUGUAGUGUAGAAUUCAAUAAUGGCAGACAACCUGGCAUAGGGUGCAUGAUCUAGGUAACAUAAAGUAGAAUCUAUGAACUCUGUUUAUUCCUCCUUAUUCAUUGCAUGUUAUGUUAUUUUCAGUGUAAAACGAAGGUUAAUUUGAUAAAGUUUGAUAGUAUUCUUAUUUGCAUCCUGCAGACAUAUUAAACUAGGGAUGUGUAUAGUUCCAGCUCGGCGUUAAAGCCGGUGUAGAACUUGUCUCAAAGCUGUGGGUGGAUAUCCCCUCAUGCUCCUCGAUUGCUUGUAGUUGCAUAAGAAGUGAGACUUGCUCUGUAACCAUCAUGCUUAUUUUGAAUAUUUGAAUCCAAACAAGCCUCAUCUCAUCAUAGGCUUAUUUGUUUUACUUUCUUAAAUAGUCUUCAUUUCGUUACGCUGACUCCUGUGCUGAUCAUGCCUACUUUAAAUGAAUUAGCAGAACCACUGUUUAGAAGGGAGUUUGAAAGUACAAAUCACAUUAAUUUGUUUAUACUUCUGUACAGAUGCCAUCAAUCUCAAUGAUUUUCUUUUCUUUCUUCUUCUUAUUCUUUCUCUCUCUUGGCUUUAAUGUCCAUAAAAUUCUCCAUUUUUUGUUGUUCAUCAUUACUUGAGUUGAAAUAUGGCAUUAGCAAGGAAGUUUCAAAAUCUCGGGUAGUUUUUUACUCCAUUGUUAUUCUUUUAGGAAGAGCAUUGUAGUGCCUGUUUGCUGUUUUUGUUAGGUCUAGUACAAGAAUACAGCAUUUGUUUCUCAAUUAUUCUGCUCUAUUUGAAAAUUUGGCUGCAUGAAAACAAAAAGGAAACAGGGUAUUUUGGCGUUGAUUGGUACUGAUGGGGCAGAGCUUCCUGUUUUUCUUGCUAUUAUGUACUGAAUUGAUCUGAUACAGUUCGUCGCAGUAAUAGCUUGAUAAAUUAUGGUUGAGGUAAAAGUUAUACAAGUUACACUUUUCCAUCUGGUUUAUUGUUUGAACGAAAUGUUCUGAAGUUUUCAUGUGAUCAGGUAGUUUGGAAUCGAGAACUAAAAGAUAAGUUCAAUUAUGGUUUUUGUUUCCGAAUAUUUCAAAAUUUGAUUUUGCUCCAUAAAUUUUGUCUCUCUUCUAUU